ACGCUACACAUGCCGCUACUGGACAGAUGCUCUACCUGGAAGAUUCACAAUGCCUUCCAUGUCCAACUUCUGAAGACCUAUCGGGAUCCUUACACGAUCUUCGUCGGACGCCAACCGCCGGCGCCGCCGCCUGUCCUCGUCCAGAAUGAACUCGAGUACGAGGUCGAGUCCGUACUUGCACACCGCCGUCAUCGGAAUGGUGCCGUGGAGUUUCUCAUCCGUUGGAAGGGUUAUGAUCCUUCUGAGGACAGCUGGGUACCUGAGUCCGACAUGGGUAACGCCCGUCGUCCUCUGCAUGACUACCUUAAGUUGACAGUGUCAAGGGAUGUGAAGUUUCUUGAGUCCCUGUACUACAAGGAAUGGAAGCAGCAGCAACAGAAGCUUCCAUCUACACCGCUCAUUGUGGAGGCAGAUGAGGUGCAGCAGCCUUCAAGACAGGUGGAGGUGGCAGUGUCAGAGGAGGAGAUGUCUGGGGUGACUGAGGAAGGGGGAGCAGCUGAAGUAGAGCAGCAGCAGCAGCAGCAGCAUGAGUCUCCACCUCGAGUUCCACACCCGCCUGAGCGUCCUAGGAGGGAUGUGCGCCCUCCA